AAGCAGACGGCCCGUGAAGUGAUACAAGGCGACAGAUGUGGCAACAAGAGGAAGGUUGUUGCUGCUGCACACUGUCGGAGGCAGGGUGUGCUGGCCUGUGCCUCCCUCCCCCCUGCUGCCACCAUGCUGACAGACAGAAGCAGACGGCCCGUGAAGUGAUACAAGGCGACAGAGGUGGCAACAAGAGGAAGGUUGUCGCUGCUGCACACUGUCGGAGGCAGGGUAGGCUGGCCUGUGCCUCCCUCGCCCCCUGUUCCCGCCGGGACUGACUUGGAGUGGCCGUGGCAGUACAGUUUCCUGACGUUCUUCACAAAGGGUUCUUCAGGCGCGAGAGGCUGGAGUAGAUGAAGGCACACCGGGCGAUGCUGCAGCGUGCCCCCACCGGCGUCAGUAACCCAGCAGCCAUCGGGGAGCAGAGCCACAGCCGCCAGCCGCCAGCCGCCGGUGUACGUACUGUCUGUGUUGGGCUGGCCGGGUUAUCGUAGACAGAGCGCCACGCCAAAGAUUCCCAAGUGUUGUUGUGACGUGUAAGUCUGUAUGGAGUUGGUGCAGUGUAGAUGUGAUGGAUGUGGUGGGAAAAUGGGGGAUACCUGGGAAAAAUGAAAAUGGAGACUGCCUUGUGGAUGUCUGUGCUGAGAGGGGAAUGUUCCUAGCGAACACCUUCUUUCAGCACAAGAAUAUCCACCGAUACACAUGGAGGAGGGGAGAAGAAAACGAGCAAAAAGGAUUGAUUGAUUAUGUGGCAGUAGAUGAAAGGCUUAGAAAAGAAAUUUGUGACGCGAAGGUAGUAAUAGGAAUGUUCGAUGGAUCUGACCAUCUUGCAGUGCUGGCAAAGUUAAAGCUGAAAGAAAAGUGGGUGUUUGAAAAGAAAGGUGAAGUAAAAAAGGAAAUACUGAAGAUAGAAAAGUUACAGGAAAAAGAAAUAAAAGAUGAGUAUAACCGUGAAAUGGCAGAGGCCUUAAGUGAAAAAUGGGGAAGUGUAAAAGAUAAUACAAAUAUUGAAAAAGUUUUUGAAACAUUUAAAGAAAUAAUAGUAACUAUAACAACAAAAGUGUUAGGGAUGAAAGUGGUGAGAGAUGGAAAAAGAAAAGGAAAUUCAUGGUGGAUAGAAGAGAUAAGGAGGAUAGUAAAAGAGAAAAGGGAACUUUUUAAGAACACUCAAGAAAGAAAUGUGGCUGAACAAGUAAAAAGGGAAAGGAAAAAGAAAUAUAGAGAAUGCAAAAUGAAAUUAAAACAAGCAAUAAAAGAAAGUAAGAAGAGAGUUGAUGAAGACUUUGGAAAAAGACUAAGUGAAAAAUAUAAAGGGAACAGGAAAUCAUAUUGGAAAGAAGUAAAAAACAAAAGAAAUGCAAAAAAUAUCUCCUCAAGUAAAAUAAAUGAAGUUAUGGAUGAGAAUGGAAAGAUGUUGAAAGACGGGGAAGCUGUGAAGGAGAGAUGGAGAGAAUAUUUAAAAAACUUAAUGAAUUUUGAGGAUGGACGUCCAGCAGUUUUGGGUAGAGGUUGAGGAGGAGUAUAUAAAGAAAGAAGUAUAACAAAGAAGUAAAUCAGGCAAUAAAAAGAUUAAAAAAUGGAAAGGCAGCAGGAAUUGAUGGAAUCACAGCAGAAAUGUUGAAGUGUGGAGAAGAUGUAGUUGUUAAAUGGAUGGUCAAGAUAUGUGAAGUAGCAUGGUGGUGCCAGCAGACUGGACGAAAGCCAUCAUUGUCCCAGUUUACAAGGGGAGGGGAAUGUGGGAGCUAUAGAGGUAUAAGUCUCCUGAGUAUACCCGGAAAGGUAUAUGGAAAAGUCGUAAUAGAGAGGGUGCAAAGACUUACAGAAGAAAAAAUCAGUGAAGAACAAGGAGGCUUCAGGAAGGGAAGGGGAUGUGUGGAUCAGAUAUUUGCCUUCAGGAUGGUAGUAGAAAAAAUAUUAGCAAAAGGAAAGAAACUAUAUGCUGCCUUCAUGAAUUUGGAAAAAGCUUAUGACAGAGUCGAUUGGAUUGCAUUGUGGGAUGUUUUAAAGAUUUAUGGUAUGGGAGGAAAACUGCUUAGUGCAAUAAAGUCUUUCUAUGAGGAUG